GAAGAAGGACCAAAGUGGGGUGUUUUGAGUUGCUCGGUCGCCUCUUAUCCUGCGCUCUGAGCUGAGCUGUGCUGAGCUGAGCUGUGCCGUGCCGUGCAUUUGCAUUUGCUGUGCGCGGCGCCGAGUCGCAGUCGCGCGACAGACACGCAGGCGGCUUGCUCGGGGCGGGCGUCCGUGCAGGCGGCAGUGGCAGCACUAGCAGCACUACCAGCGGGCGGCGGCGGCGGCGGCGGCGAAGAGCCUACUACGUUUGUGCGUGGGUCCCCCCUUUGUUCUUGUUUGCCCGUCGAGGCAAUAUAAACAGGCGAGAAAGGAGAAAGGAAGGAGACCUCUCCCUGCGCGAUCCGAGAAGCGGUCGAUACAGGGGAAAGAGAGGGAGAGAGGCAAGGAUGAAUGGGCAUGCGGGCGCAGGCCGGCGCGCGAGCAGGGUGUCGCCCGUGUCGACGAAGCUGUACGAGGGCGAUGGCGCCGACGGGGAUGCGUUUGGCCGCUAUGGCCAUGGCCAUGGCCAUGGCCAGGCCUUUGCGGCAGGCCAUGCGGGCGCCGGGACGAGCACGAGCGGCAGCAGCACAAGCAGCACCCGUGCAGGCCACAAUACCGAUGAGCAUCGCGGGCACGGGCACAGGGCAGGAGCAGGGGCAGCGGCGGGGAUAGGAAUGGGAGCGGGUGGUACGAGCGGCAGCCGGAGCAGCAGCAGCAGCAACCACGGCAACGGCAAUGGACACGCCAUGAUGGCCGAGGCGAAUGCGACAGGGCAGGAGCAGUCGGGGCCGCCGCUGCGAAAGGGGCUCAAGGUCAGCUCGAGGGUGCAUCGCGCAUGCAACGCCUGUCGCCGGCAAAAGAUGCGAUGCGAGGGCCCGAUGGACGGGCCGUGCAACCGGUGCCGUGCCUCACAGGCCGAGUGCGUCUUUGAGAAGCCGGCGAAGGAGGCCCAGAAUGGCGGACAGACGGGCACCGAGGCCUACCGCGCCCUCGUCGAUGACGUGGCGAGCAUCAAGGAGGACAUGGGCAGCCUCAAGGCGAUGGUCGAGCUUCUGUGCCGCCAGCAGCAGCAGCAGCAGUCAUCCUCGACGGCAGCGGCAGCGGCAACGCACGGACGGGCGACAAGCAGCAUGCAGAACGGCUGGUCGCACCACGAGCGGACGCUACCUGCUCCCAUGAUGCAGAUGCAGCAGCAGCAGCAGCAAGAACAGACGCAAAUGCAGCAGCAGCAAGGACAGUCGCAGAUGCAGCAGCAGCACGAGCCGCCGCAGAGGGACGCUCAUCAGAGUCGCUACCCCGGACCAAACAUGAAGCAUCCACCGGCGUGGCCUGGCGACGGUCGCAACGUGCCCCUGCAACCGCAGCCCGCUGCUCGCUCGUCGACAGCAGGCUGGUCCCCUGCGAGUGCUGCCGAUUCGCACGGCUCACUUGCAUCGCCAUCUCCUCCUCCUCCUCCCCACCAUCGUCGCCGCCGUCCUUCUUCCCCGUCUUCAUCGCAGCCUCGCCACACGGCCAAGAGGCGCAAGGGUGAGGCAGACGAUGCUGGCGAUGCAGGCGAGGCGGGCGAGGGAGACGACGCCGACGACGCCCAUCUCUCGACGAGCGACCGCCACGACCGGCCGAUGGAGCGGCUCAGAGACCUGGCAGAGGCCGCCGUCGAAGAGGCAGAGCUGGAGCAGCAGCUGCAGAAGCACCAGCAAGAGCAAGAGCAAGAGCAAGAGCAAGAGCAAGAGCAAGAGCAAUCGCAUUCACAUCAGCACGAACACGAACACGAACGCAAACAGCAGCAGCACCAGGAGCAGCAGAAGCGACACCAGCACGAGCGCCAGCAGCAGCAUUCACCGCCAGCCGAUGAGCGCAUGUCUCUGUCUGGGGUGGACGAGCUUCGAGAGGAGGACGAGGGUCAGGAAGAACGGCCGAGCACAAGCAGCAGCAGCAGCAGCAGCAGUGGCGGCGAAGAAAGGCGGGAGGAACAGGAGGAAGAGCAGGCCGAGACGCAGGUGUGCGACUCGUUCGUCGAGAUCAAGCGCGACGAGAUGAGCAUGGGGCCGCCAGUGACGAGGCCGAGGAGCAUCUCGACCAUCAGUGCCCCUCCCCUCCUCGCCCCGCCGCCUCACCUCGCCGCUUCGUCGACGCCGUUGCAGCAGCAGCAGCAGCAGCAGCAGCUUCAGCAUCAGUCGGUCCGAAGCAGCUCUUCGCGGCCAACCAGGCGUCGCUGGAGCACGGCAGAGAGCCAGCACCCACGGCAGCAGCAGCAGCAGCAGCAUUUACAACAGCACCAGCAGCAGCAGUCGCUGCCGGAGCUGCAGACCGACGUCGUGAGCCAGGGCCUGGUCCCGGAGCACGAGGCCAAGCGUCUCUGGGACCUCUUCUACCAGGGCUGCCCCCAGUUUGUCGGCAUCUUCAAGCUCGACGACGACCAGCACGACGUCGUCGGCGAUCCACGAGCCGACACGUUUGACGCCAUCCGGACCCGCUCCCCCUUUCUCUUUGCCACGAUUCUCUCCGUCGGCGGCCGCGUCGACUGCGGUGGCGGACAGGCCAAGGGUGCCUUUCUGACCUGCAGGGAGCGCGCCAAGCUGCAUGUGGAAAAGAUUCUGAACCGGCAGCGUGGGCAGCUCAUCAAGGAGGACGUCAUGGCCCUCCUCCUCGUCUCGAGCUACUCGGACUCGGACACGGCCUGGCGACACUGCCGCACCGCCGUCACGGUGGCCCAUGAGCUGGAGCUGGACAAGGCUUUUGCGCGGCUGAAACUCGCCGUCAAGCGCACCCAAUUCCCCGCCGAGGCCAACGCUGGUGCCACUGCCACUGCCAGCGCCAAUGGCAAUGCUGCAGCCAACGUCCAUGCGACCGCCGCCGGCAGCAACUCGGCCUCGCCCGAAGCGAUGCGCUCUGAUGAGUCGACAACAACGAGCAGCAGCAGCCGGGCACCGGCCAGCAAGAAACGCAGGCGGUAUGAGAAGCCAUACGGGGCGCAGACACCCCCAGAGGGAAGCCUGGACCAGCAGCGAGAGCUGGCGCGCAGCGCAAGGAUCUGGUUCUUCUGCUACCUCUUUGAGCACCAGAUCAGCUACUGCUCUGGCCAUCCCGCCAUGGUCGACGAGACGUGCGUCGCUGGCGGACGCGAGUUCCUCGACCUGCCCGACUACCUGCGCAGCUCCAUCGACGCCCGCUUCCUCUCGACCGUCGAGCUGAUGGUGCUCCGCGAGCGCCACCUCAACCUCCUCGAGCCAAAGGAGUCGGCCAUCGACGACCGCAUGCUCGCCGACUUUGCCCAGAUGGAGUCCACGCUCAGCAACUGGCUCCUCUACUGGUCCCGUCACUUUCAGGCAAAGGGCUACCAGGCCGAGAGCUUCUUCCAGGGCUCCCUUUACCUCCAGGCCGCCUCGGUCAAGCUCUACCUCUGCAACUCGUCUGUCCGUCACGUCCGGCCAGGCACCUCGCUCUUCGAGCACGUCGAUCCUCGCCAGCGCGACCUCGUCUGCAAGUCCAUCCAGGCUGCUUCUGAUGUCCUCGAGACGGCCGUGUGCCACGAGAGCUACAAGAAGCUGCUCCGGUGGGCGCCCCACUACACCGUCGUCACGGCCGUCUUUGCGCUGAGCCACCUGCUGGACUGUGUCGAGCUCUUUACCGAGCCCAAGCUCCUCGACCUCGCCAAGCUCUUUUCCCACGCCGAGCAGCUCGGCGCACGGCUGAGAGAGCUUCCCUUUUUCAAGUACAGCGUCUGGAUCGAGCUCCGCAGGAGAAAAGUAGCUCAGAUUGUCGCUGAGCGCGCCGCAUCAGCUCCCGCUGCAAACACACAACACCAGCCUUCUGCUCCGCCCACGCCUCCCUCUCGCCACCUCCAGGGCCACUUUGGGCGAUACGAUUCCAGCUCGCUUGUCCAGCAGCAGCACAAUCCUGGCGCACCCCUGUCGUCUCUGCUCGAUGCCACUCCGCCUCCUCUGACGGCCUCGCAGAUCCUCGAUGCCCACUCGAUUGUAUUUGCAGACGACUUUGCCAACACGCCCUCGUCGGCGAUGCUCUCCUCGUCGGCCACGACGGCGGGCGCCGCGGGCGACUAUGCCUUUGGGCUCAUGUCCUCGGCCCUGCACCUCGAUGCAUACGCCAACGACAAUGACUUCUUCGACGGCAGCUUCCGCUUCGAAGUCGGCGCCCACCCCAACCUCUGACGCUGCCCUCUUUUCUAAAAUUCACCGAGAUCGAUUGAACCCUUGUGACUGGACCGCCAAACCAAAAUCCUGUAUUUAGCAAUCACUGUGUAGUAUCCCAUGGACGGCUCCUCCCCCUAUCCCCCAGACUUGUGUCAUAAUGGUCAAAAGCACGCCCGCGCGGCUCGCAUGUGUAUUUACUCCUUCUCUUUUCUCAAUCACGGACAGCCGUCUGACGUCUGAUUGAUUGAACCGCUUCGGUGGGCGAUGUCACCAUUGCACGCAGACACCCACACUCCUGGAUUUUCUCUACGACGGGC